AUUUCAAUUGCUUGGUAUUUGACACGUGGUGCGUGUGGAUUGCAUGUAUUUCAGGUUGAGUUUGUGCAGCUUUUUAUGAAAAGCAGCGGUGCACAGUAUGUUUGUUCUGGUUGUUGAUUCUACCACCAUCUAAUUGCACUUUUCACAUAUUUUAAAACUUAAAAUUUUCAGUUUGAUCAUUUAGUUGCGACUUUUAUGUAGAUUGGAGCUUUGAUCGCAUUGCCAUUUAUUAUCAUUUUGAUCAUGUAAAACUGUUGUAUGGUUUUGUUGAUUGUGUGUUACUGAUUCUUGGUUUAACUUUUCUUGUAAUUCUGAAAAGCUGUGUGAAGAAUUUGGUGCUAAUAUAUCUACAAAGAUGGCCAAGAUAUUGAUUGGUGCUUUCAAUUUCUUGGUCGAUAGAGUUUGAUGUGGCAAUAAGUUCUCUUUUCCUGUCAAUUUUUAAGUAAUUCUUUUUGCUUGUUCUAUUUUUUUUCUUUGUUCUUGUUUUAAUGUUGUGGCCUGUGAUUGCUUUUCUUAGGCAUUAUGUUCCAAGGGGAUCCUCAAUUCUAGAAUGAAGUUUGGUUGUCCCUUCGUCCUCCUGUUGUGUUUGGUAUGUUGACUCCUGGGUGCGAAUAACCCGGAUGUGGCCUUUGGACUUCUAUUUCUGCACAAAACCACCUUUGGACUGUAAAAACACAGGUUUUUGCCUUAUCAUUUUGUGAUCGGCAUUUGGUGUUUUGAGAUUUGGAUUGAUUUAAGUUACAGUGCUGGACUGGUGUCACUAAUUGGUAAUCUCAGGUUAAUGCUCAUUACAUUACACAGAAAGUCGUGGGUAUGUCAAGCAAGUCUGCAAUCUCACGUUUUUACAGUACUGGGAGGAUUUUUAAGCACAGAGUAACAUAUGCUUUUGCUGGUGAUGUUUGUUUCUUGGUGUUGUGAAGUGUAGUUUCCUAUUUCAUGAAGUUUUUGGGAUAACUAAUGAGGAAGAUGUUUGAACGUUGAUCUAUUCACAGGUGGAGGUUGGGUUUUGGGCUUUCUCGUGUUUGAGCAAUAGAGUUUGUGAAUUUGGACUUUCUGCAAAAAUAAGUGAAAUGCUUUUCUUUUUCCCUCUUUAUUCCACUUAUUGUUUAGAAGUAUGCUAUAUGCUGUUCUCUCAGACAUGUACCUUUUCCUUGUCUUCUUCGUAACUUUGUUGAUUGUUGUUAGGGCUUCUUUUUCAAUGGUGGCAAAUGCUUUAGGAAAGGUUGUCUUCUUCAUAUAAGGGUUUUUUUUGAAGAUGCUGGUGAUUGAUUUCAUCGCGGUUCUUCUUUGUGUUAGGUGAUGCAUCGCUACUUGAUUCCAUCAUUUUUGGGUUUUUUUUGCCAAAAACAUUUUGUUGAUAGCUUGCAGGGUAGAUUUUCUUCGUCACAGAUUAGGGUUCUGGUUCUUUCAAUAUGUAAGUGAUUGCUUUCAGAGGUGGUUUUCUUCAUCGAGUCAAGACUUUCAUGAUUGCUUUCGGGGAAGAUCUUCGUGUUAGGUUUUGGUGCAUCACCACCACUUGAUCUAUCAUCUUUGUGACGAAUUUGGGUUUUAUUCCGAAAUUUUUUUGUUGAUUGCCUGCUGGGAGAAUUUUACUCGUCAUAGAUUGGGGGUUCUUUCGAUAUUCAAUUAUUGCUUCAUGGGGCUUUUCUUCGUCACAAUUUAGUGUUUCUUUCCAUACGUCUGAUGUCCCCUUUCAGAGAAGAUCUUCUUUGUGUUAGGUUUGGAUUCGUUGCUGUUAGAGAAUUCCCAUCAUGCUUGUAACAAAUUUUGUUUUGCCCAAUAUUUUGUUUAUCAUUUGCCGCUAAGAUCGCUACAGGUGGUGUUGAUCGUUCUUGGGGGAGAAUCUUCUUUGUUAAAGACUAAGGCUUUCUUUCAAUAUGGUGGGGAUCACUUUUGCAUGAUACUGUUUGUCGAAGUAGAAUUUAUUUGAGGCAGUAAAGUGUACUUUUGCUUCUUUCUUAUGCAUCCGAAUGCUAUGGUGGGGAGUUAAUAUGUUUGAAGAAUUUGGUGCUAAAAUUUAUACAAGGAGAGGAGAUUUUGAUUGGGGCUUUCUUGUGCCUGGUCAACAGAGUUUGUUGUGGGGAUAAGUUAUCUUUUCUCCUCCUUUUUAUAAGGAAUUCGUUCUGCUUGUUUUAAUGCUGUGGCCUGUGAUAGCUUUUCUUAGGCAUUAUGUUCCAAGGGGAUCAUGAAUCUAGAAUGAACUUGUGCUGUCACUUCAUCCUCCUGUUGAUAUUUUCCUGGACUCCUGGGGUUAAUAACCAGAACAUUGCCUUUGGACUUCAAUUUCUGCGAAAAACCAUCUGAUGUUGGACAGUAAAAGCACAGGAUUUUGACAUGAGUUAAUCAUUUUGAGAAUUGGAUUGAUUUAUGUUACAUUGCUGGAUUUGUGUAACUAAUUGGUAAUCUCAUAUUGCUGCUCAUUACACAACACAAAGGAAUUCAGUGCGUGCCUUGUCCAAGAUGAUCAUGAUUUCUUUCAAUAUGAUGUUAAUCUUUCACAGCUAAGAUCGCUACAAAUUGUGUUGAUUGUUCUCUGGUAGAAUCUCCAUUGUUAAAGAUUAAGAUUUAUUUCAGCAUGGAGAGUAAAGGGUGGACUUUUGCUUCUUUCUUUGUGUCCUAAUGCAGAGGAGUUAUGGAUUUGGAAAUAUAUUAUAUUGUUUGAUUUUGUCCUUUGAUUAUCGGUUUCACUAUUCUUGUAUUUCUUAGUGUGAAGAAUUUGGUGCUAAUAUGUCUGGAGGGAGAGGAGAUUUUGAUUGGGGCUUUCUUGUACCUGGUCAACGGAGUUUGAUGUGGCAAUAAGUUUUCUUUUCCUUUUGUUUUAUAAGGAAUUCUUUCUGCUUGUUAAAUUUUUCUUUGUUCUUGCUUUAAUGUUGUGGCAUGUGGCCGCUUUUCUUAGACAUUAUGUUCCAAGGGAAUCAGGAAUUCUGGAAUGAAGUUAGGCUCCCUUUGUCCUGUCAUCGUGUUUCUGUUGGUAUUUUAGUUUGACUCCUUGGGGCGAAUAACCAGUGUGGCCUUUGGACUUCAAUUUUUGUGCAAAAUCAUCUUUGGACGGUAAAAACACAGGUUUUGCUUUAUCUUCUUGUGAUUGACAUUAGGCUUGUUGAGAUUUGGGUUGACUUAAAUUUACAUUGCUGGACUUGUCUCUGAUCGGUGGUAAUCUCAGAUUAAUGCUCAUUACAUUACACAAAGUAAGUCAGCGGGUGUCAACCAGGUCUGCAACCUAACGUUUUUCCAAUUCUGGGCAGAUAAUUGAUGACCGAGUAACAUAGCUUCUUUUGCCUGUGAUGUUUGUUUCAUGGUUUUGUGACCUGUAGUUUCCUAUUUCAUGAAGUUUUUUGGGAUAUUGAUGAGGUAGUUGUUUGAAAAUAUGCCGUUGAUCUGUUGACAGGUGAAGGAUAUGAUUUGGGCUUUUUCGUGAUUGAGCAAGAGGUUUUGAAGUUAGUAUUUCUGCAGAAAUUAGUGAAAUGCUUUUUUCCUCCUCUUUAGUUCUCGUGAAUCAGUGAAAUGCCUGUUCUUAGAAUAGAAUUAUAAAAUGUUAAGACUGCUUAUGCUUCUGAUCAGUAUGACAAGAAGAGUUUUGGAUCGCUCAUUUUGUACAAAGGGCAAUUGAAUGAGAAACUGAAACAGUAAUUUUUGGUGAGUUCCUCAAAAAGUUAGAAAAAUGAAAGCAGUGUAUUCAUCCCGAGAUUUAAACCCAUUUCGAGGUGUUCCUGCACUACUCAGCAUGUUUGUCCUGGUUCUUGCUUCUACCAGCAUCUACUCGUACUUUUCCUAGCUUCUUGUUUUCGUGUUGCAUGCAACUUCUAACGCAGAAGGCAGAAUGGAGCAUAGGUUUAGGGUUCAGAGUUGUGGACGUCUUCUAUGUUCUUGGACGGUUCAGGCAUGUAGCAGUUUUGUGAUUUGUGGUUUGCAGUUGCUGCAAUUAUGAUAUUUAAAGAAUUUGAUGUUGAUAUGUCUACUUGAAUUUUGAUUUGGGUUUUCUUAAUGCUGCUGGUGCUGAACAACUAGAACUUAGCCCCGAUUUCUGUGGAUAAUCAUCUUUGGGCAGCGAAUGAGAUGUUCGAGCUCCAAGUAACAUCUGACUCUAUAUGCUCUGAUGAUGAGGGAUGUGAUUUGGGCUUUCUGAUGUUCGAGCAAUUGACUUUGUGAAUCCUCGUCUUUUUCUCGUAUUUGUCUGUAAAGCCUGCAGAAUUAAGUGAGCGGCUCUCUCUCUAAUAAACAAUGGAGUUUCACAUUCUCAUUUCAUGGUUGCUGAGAGGUUUCACAAUAUGCUGUUCUAUAAACAUGAUCCGCUCUUUGUUUCUUUUAUUUUAUAGAAUCUGGUGAGGGAUGGCCUUUUGCAGCUCUGUAGCAUCUAGCAUAGUUUCGCUUGUCUUUGGUAUUCAAUGGAACUGUUCUUCUUUGUACCUUAAUGUAGCUUGUUAGGAUAUCAAGUUGGUGUACUCAUUUCAGAUUGGAGCUUUAGUCAGUGUUGUGAUUUAUUGAUUUGGCAGUUGUGUAAGAGUUGCAUGCUCUAAGAGGAUAGGGUUCCAAAGUAAUGUUUUUAUCUCCUGUGUUAUUGGAUCGCUUGGGCAUAUAAUAUUUUUAUGAUUUGUGGUUUCCAAUUCCUUAAAUUAUGAUAUUUAAAGAGGUUAAUGUUAAUAUGUAUACAUGAAGUAUCUUUAUUAGUGCUUUUUUGUACUAGGGAGGAGGUGUAUUGGGACUUUGGCGAGAAGCUGUACUUUCUCUUCCUAAUAUUACAGGGAUAAUAAGGAUAGUCAUUGUGGUUUUAUGCUUGCAACUGCAUUUUUUAGCUUUUGGUUUUUGACAGGUUUAUCCAAGAGUGGGCAAAUAGGGUCUGUUUGGCAAACUAAUAAAAAUUAGUCUCAAAAGGGAAAAAAAUGCGUACGGAUUUUUCGAUGGGAGGCUCCAACAACAAACAUAAGGCAGUUAUCUAAGAUAGAGUCGCAUGCUUAAAAAAAAAAUGUAGCUUUUGGAUCCCCAAAAAGAGAAUACUCUAGGUCCCCUUUCUUAUGUGUUGUGCUGAUUAGUCUAGGUGCCCUUUCUAAUUAAUCUGUUAGUCACUUUGGCUGGGAAUUUUUCAUCCAGUGUUCUCGAAUUUUAUCUCGUGCCUUGGCCUCUCUUCCUCUCAUGACUUUCCUUGCAUUAAGAUGUUCUUUCCCAAUGCAAAUGACAAAAUAAAGAUGUAUUUCCCGUUAGGAUCAGCUCAAGCUCGAGACCAACCUGUAGGUGGAAUAAUCUCCAGCAUUGAUUGAUUAAGUUGUGCAGCUCUAGCAGGAGCUCUGUUCCUUGGAUCAGCUAAUCUCUUGAUAUGUUCUGUUACUAUGUUACUAUUCCGCUUCAUUGUCAGAGCAUGGAUUACGGCUAUCAGCUACAGAUAUCAUUGUCCCACUCAAGCAAUCCCACUAAGAUAGAGCAUUAUACGGGGAAUAAUUACUCACUACUUGAAAGUAAUGGCACAAGUCCGCUCCAUGGAAAAUAACUGCAUCUCUAUGAAGUCUCAUAAAAAAAAAACGCACAUGCUAAGAUACGCACUCUCUACCGAAAAAUUUCUUCAUUCAGUUUAUUCUCAAAUAAUAUACUGACUUAAGCAUCGGAGUGUUCACGGUCCUCCUGGGGACCGAUGGAUUUUCGGUAACCACUUUUUCUAUUUUGCAGGUAGCUCAUAACUAGUCCAGUGGUUGAAAAAAAUUGCUUCAACACCAUGUGAUUCAAUUCCGCCAAGGACAGCCAAUUCUGAUUCAUAUUUCUCAAUCAAGGGGGAUGUAAAGACACAUACUCCAGCCUUUCCUGGAUCAUCAGGAGCAGAACACUAUAAAAUUCUAGCCUCUUAACCAUAAAGUGCCACUCAACUUAGGGAAGAAGGCAUUUAAUAUGAUUGGUUUAGGUUGAAGAAAUGGAUUAGGUUGCCAAAACAUCUAGCAAUGUGGAGUAAGUUCACUUCACCAACGUUUACUUUACCCAUUGAAGUAUUAAAGUGCAGAAGAAAUGUUGAUUUUUGAUAAGGAGACCCCUGCUGCAAAAUGCUUGCUAGAGUUAUAUUUUGCACCACGGUCUCUUUGGCCAUCUUGGUAGUCCUUCUAUUGGCUUUUCUCUCGCCGACGCCCCACAGAAAGUCAUCAAAGACCCACACAAGGCCGCCAUGGCUGGCUCUGUCCCUCUACAUCCAACAACCGCACACUGUAAGCUCCACCUCGCAGCCCGUGGCAAGAUCAGAUGCCGAAGCAUUCAUCUUUCAUCGCACGCUCACAGAGGGACCUGAGAACACUUCCCGGGUCGUGGGAAAAGCCCAGAGCUUCAUAGUUCCUGUCGAAGAGUUUGCUCACUCGGCAUUCAAUAUCAUAUAUCUGACCUUCGACACGUCAGAGUACUCCGGCAGCCUUAGUGUCGAGGCCAAGCAUGUUGCUCAUAAGGACAGAGAACAACUCACUGUGGUGGGCGGGACAGGGUCUUUUGCCUUUGCACGUGGGCUUGCUGUUUUUGCUCAGACCGAUCGCCAACCAUCCGCCGUGGAUGCAUCCUACCGUGUAAAACUUCAACUUAGAUUUCCAAAUCGAUCAGAGACAAUCCCAGGAUGAUGAUGAUUCUGGAAUGUUACUGUCUUGCUUAUUUUUUUUGUUUGCAGUAUAUUUAUAAUCCUUUCUUGACAGGAGAAAGUCCACAAUGUAAAAGAAUCUCAAAGGAGGCUCAAGGCCUGUUUGAAGACAUAUAUAAUUAAGACCAUAUGAGUUAUAGCUCACUAUUGCGACAUUCAUGAAAGUGGGGCUCAAUAUUAAUCUAUUUUUGAGUUGA